AUGGCCGACAAUAAUGGUUCCCAACCCGUGUCUCGGGCCACCAAGCCCGUCAGUGAGGCAUUGCUGAACGAGAAGUGGGACCGAGCCAUCUCCUCCAUGAUCAUUCGCUCCUCCCUCGGUCUUUCGUUCGGUGUUGUUUUCUCAGUGCUCCUGUUUAAGCGGAGGGCUUGGCCCGCGUGGGUUGGUCUGGGCUUCGGUGCUGGUCGUGCUUGGGAAGAGGCUGAUGCUUCGUUCCGUCGGGGCGAUUCGCCCGUAAGAGACGCCCUGCGUAAGUAA